CAUUGUAGAAUAUCGACUUCCAACUGCAGCCGUUAUGUCGGAAUCGAAGCUGGACGACGAGGCGAGCUACAAGAUCCAGUGCAACGACCAAGUGGGCCGGUACCUGGUGGCCGGCAGGGACCUCGAGCCGGGCGCGGAAAUAUUGACCGAGCUGCCCUUCGUCGUGGGACCCAAGGCCUCGACGUACCCGCUCUGUCUGACCUGUUACACCCCGUGGCCGCCUACCGAGGACGAUGACAACAAGCCCUUGUGUCCCAGGUGCGGCUGGCCCGUCUGUGGCGACGAGUGCGCCGACCAGCCCCAACACAGGGAUUACGAGUGCAAGGUAUUCGCCGAGGCGAAGGAAAAGUUCAACGUGGAGUUGGCUCUGUCCGACGAGCAGGCAAACGGCGUGCCGCAACUCGAGUGCGUGACACCACUGCGUCUGUUGCUCGCCUCGGAGCGGGACGGGGACCGUUGGAACCGGGAGGUCAAGGACAUGGCGGCCCACGACAAGCGGAGGAGCCAGACGGCCCAGUGGAACUCGGACCGGGUGAACAUUGCCGAGUACCUGAGGACCCGGUGCAAGUUGGACAGGUUCCCCGAGGACAGCGUCCAGACCGCUUGCGGGAUUUUGGAGAUCAACGCCCACGAGGUACGCACGGCCAGGGGCUUCCUCGCACGUGCCCUCUACCCCAAGGUCUCCAUCAUGAGCCACUCGUGCGUCUCCAACACCGUUCACAGUAUCGUACCCAACGAUUUCAGGGUGUACUUGAGAACGGCGGUAAAAGUACCAGCGGGUGGUGAGCUGUUGGGCAGCUACACGCACGCUCUGCUGCCGACCCUGCUGCGUCGCGAGUACCUCCAAGAGAGCAAGUACUUCACCUGCGCGUGCACCCGGUGCUCGGACCCAACGGAGCUCGGGACCCACAUGUCCUCCCUCAAGUGCCAAAAGUGCGACAACGGCGUAGUCGUGGCCCUCGACUCCCUCGACGCCGAAAGCACGUGGAAGUGUACCCACUGCGAGUUCAGCACGACGGCCCAGGCGGUGCUCAAGAUCCUCAAGAUCAUCCAAGCCGAGAUGGACCGGGUGGAGGCGUACACGGCGGCCGACGGUCCAGAGGCCAUCCAGACCCGCGAGAACUACAUGAAGAAGUACCGCUCGGUCUUCCAUCCCCGGCACGCCAUGCUCACCAUACCGAGGUACAGCCUGAGCCAGUUGUACGGCCGGGUGGAGGAUUACUUCUUGGACGACAUGCCGGACGUGGUGCUGGAGCACAAGGCCGAGAUGUGCCGGCUGCUUCUCCAGGUGCUGGACGUCGUCGAGCCGGGCCUGACGCGCUCGCGCGGCAUGAUCCUGUACGAGCUCCACGCCCCGCUGCUCUUUCUGGCCAAAGGCCAGUGGAACGCCGGGGUCAUCGACGCGGCCAAACUCAAAACGAAAAUGACCGAGGCGGCGUCCCUGCUCAAAGAGGCUGCGGAUAUUUUGGCUCGCGAGCCCCAGGGCACUCCGGAAGCCGACAUCGCCGCCGGGGCCAGGCAGGCGCUCGAACAACUCGACAAGAGCAUCGGCGAGCUGUAG